GCAUUCUUCGUCAAUAACCAAUCUCGAGCUCCAACUCAAUUCCUUGCUCUUAAUUCUAAAAAUAUCAACGUAUAUUCUCCAGGGCAACAUGGAGCAGCAGCUCCUCCAGCUCCUCUCAGACACCCAGUCGACCGCUCCCGCGACGCGCAAGAAUGCAGAGGGGCAGCUUCUUGGCCUUUACACCAACGAGCACUUCCCGCUCUCCCUCGCGUCAAUCGCUUCUCAUACCUCCGUACCCGUCCCCUUACGACAAUCCGCGCUAUUAAUCCUUCGGACUUUCAUCGUGUCGGCAUGGUCCUCACAGUUGGAUGAAUUCAAGGGCCAGGUCCUCGUCAAUGACGCGAACAAAGUCCACCUGCGACGCGUCCUGCUCGAGCUGGCCAUCUCUCUUGAAGACGACCGAAAAGUCAAGGCGUCGGCGAGCUAUGUCGUCAGCAAGAUCGCCAGUGCAGACUUCCCAGACGAGUGGCCCGAUCUGCUGCCGACCCUGCUUCAAGUGAUUCCCACAAGCAAUGACACUCAGCUGCACGGAGCGCUCAGGGUUCUCUCGGACCUUGUUGAAACGGGAUUCAGUGAAGAACAGUUCUUCAAGGUUGCUCGAGAACUGGUCUCGACUGUUUUCAACGUUGCAACUAAUGGCGCCCGGAAAGCGACCUUACGUGCACUUGCCGUAUCCGUCUUUCGCGCGUGUUUCGACACCUUGGAGAUGGUGUUGGAGCAGCACAAGGCGGAGGUCAAGCAAUUCAUGGAUGAAGCAUUAAAUGGAUGGUCGCCAUUCUUUAUUGCUACCUUGAAGGAGCCACUUCCUCCGACACCAACUGAAGAGGAAGAAGCUUCAGACGCCCAAGGACCAACUCAGUGGCGGGGCUUAAUUGCAUUGAAGUUACAGGUUGUUAAGACAUUGAUGAAAAUCCGUAAUGUCUUUCCAACUCUCCUUACCCCGCAUAGCACUGCUCUCUUCACUACGAUAUGGACCGAACUAUCCACCCUUCAAGCCGUAUACUAUGAUCUUUACAUUCAGGACGAAAGACAGGGUAGAUUGGAGGAUGCAGACGGCCUGCCUUAUACACUCGAUUUUCUGGUUCUGGAGGAAUUGGAUUUUAUGCAGAGCUUGCUACGCGCACCUCCAGUCAGAACGGAGCUUCAAAAUCAACUACAGGCUGCAGGGGGUACAGCUACAACCACCAGUUGGCUUCCAGAUGUUCUCAAGCUCGCCAUCUCAUACGCUCAGAUUUCUACGGAAGAGGAAGGAUUGUGGGAUAUCGAUGUAAAUUUGUAUAUCUCUGAAGAGAGUUCUGUGACAUCAAAUUAUACUCCUAGAACCUGCAGUGGCGACGUGGUUAUCAAGUUGGGCGAAUGGCUCAAAGUGACGGUUGUUAAAGCUCUUCUUGCACAUAUCAAUGUCGUCUUCUCUGACACAACUUCGAGCUGGAAAUUACGAGAAGCUGCGCUUUAUGUAGUCAAUCAGUUGCUUCGAGACUUUCACGAGGUUUCUGAAAACAUUCCGCUAGACAUUGCCAACGGGUUCAACAACUUCAUCCGGUUUUGCAUACAGCAAGAUGACGUAUUCCUCCGGGCUCGUGGGUAUCUUUUGGCCGGUAAAGUGUCAAUGACGGCAGGCGAAGGCUUCCAUCAAACGGCAUUGUCAUAUCUAGAAGCAAUUGUCAAAGCUAUCUCUAGCGAUUCCUCCGAAGUUGUUCAAGUAGCUUGCAUUUGCGCGUUGCAAGACUUAUUGCCUAACCUUCCACAGGCAUUGACAAUGCCGGUUCAGCUCCAGAUGAUUGGCACUUUGUCCGACUACAUUGCCUCCCAUGACCUCCGUGAUAUGACUGAAGGAGAUGAUCUCAAAUUUACCUUGGCUAACGCGGUUCGAGAUGCUAUUAUGAUUGACCCUGGCGUCGUUCUUUCUUCUGUGGCUCUUGAUCUCCUGUUCAACAUUGCAAGCAACGGAGCAAGCAACUUCCAGCUGGGAAUGAUAGUGACUGAGACCUUUGAAGAAAUUGUGCAGCACAUUGCCGAACAGGGCGCCGACGCAUAUAUCCGUCUCUGCGAGAAAGUCUUGCCAUCUUUGAACGGAGCCAUUGACAUUGGCAAUUUGACACAAGAAAGUGCUUUGACUAAUCUAGCGGUUGAGCUGCUACGUGCCCUUGCUGAAAAUGGCUUGGAGCCACUUCCUCAGGGGCUUGUCGCUUCGGUGAUGCCUAAGCUAAACCGCUUGUUGCUUGCGUCCACAGAGCCUGACCUUCUACCUCCGGCGACUCUGGCUGUUAAACACAUGCUGGCACACGACCCUGACCAGUUCUUUGCUUGGCGCGAUCCUCAGACCGGCAAAGACGGAGUCGAAAGUGCGCUAAUUAUUAUUAGUCGCCUUUUGGGUGAAACCGUGGAAGACAGCGCUGCAGCUGAGGUUGGCGCAUUGGCCGCCGAACUGGUUGAAAAAGCUGGUGCUGAGAAGCUUGGGCCAUUCCUUCCCCAACUCCUUCGUGCAGUAGCACAACGUCUCGCCACGGCAGAACAGGCACAAUUCAUCCAGAGCUUGAUCCUAGUAUUCGCGCGGUUGUCUCUUGUUAGUACUCGAGAUGUCAUCGACUUCCUUGCACAGCUCGAUAUCGGCGGUAGCUCCGGGCUAAAUGUCGUGCUCAGCAAAUGGCUGGAAAACUCCGUCAACUUCGUCGGCUUUGACGAGAUCAGGCAGAAUGUGAUUGCUCUUGCGAAGCUUUAUGCGCUUGGAGACCAGCGGAUCUCUGAAGUGCAAGUUAAAGGUGACCUUAUCAUCCAGGAUACUGGCCGAAUUAAGACACGUUCUCAGUCUCGACUCAAUCCAGACCAGUAUACCAUCAUUCCCGCUCCCUUGAAGAUCAUUAAAAUUCUCGUUGAAGAGCUUUCUUCGGCAUCUGGCAUGAAGGGGAUCAACGCUGCUGGAUCUGUUGUAGGUGCUGAAGACCUUGAAAGCGAUGAUGACAACGAUGAUUGGGAAGAUGUUCCUUCCAACAUUCUUGACCUGGGUCUUGGUAUUACGAAACAGGAAUUGAUGGCCUUCGGGGAGGGUGAUGUUUUCCGUCAGCGUGACGACGAGACACAGGCAUACUUGUCCCAGUUCUUCCAUGAGGAGGCCGCUAAGCCUGGGUUCCAGGAGAUCUUUGCGGCACUGAAACCUGAGGAGCAAGAUCGAUUGCGAAGUUUGGGACAGUGAUUUGACUAUUGAAGGGGUUUGCCAAAGGCCGUUGAUGAUAAAGCGAAUCAAAUGUCAUCUACUUGGGUUUAAAGCCAUAACACUGAUAACGAGUCAGUCGAUUCAUCGGGAAGUUUCUGGAAGAAAGGAAAGCAAAAGAAGUAGAAGAAGAAAAAAAAAAAAAAAGGAGAACAAUGAUUUAGUUGAUGACCUCAAGAUCGAAAGUCAUGAUGUCAGAGCCUUAAGAUGUUUGAUAGCUAUUGCUUCUUGAUACUAGUUGACAGAGAUACAUAUAGGCAUACGUAAAUAGAUGCUGGCGAAUUUGACAUCUCACCAUUACC